AUGAAUCCUGGAAAUUUCACCCAGGUCACUGAGUUUAUUCUCACAGGUGUCUCAGACCGUCCAGACCUCCAGAUUCCACUCUUCUUUGUUUUCCUGGUCAUCUAUGGGCUGACCGUGGCUGGAAACUUGAGCAUCAUCACUCUCACCAGUGUUGACUCUCGACUUCAGACCCCCAUGUAUUUUUUCCUCCGACAUUUGGCUAUCAUUAAUCUUGGCGAUUCUACCGUCAUUGCUCCUAAAAUGCUGAUCAAUUUUUUAGUACAGAAGAAAACCACCUCUUAUUAUGAAUGUGCUACCCAACUGGGAGUGUUCUUGGUUUUCAUUGUAGCUGAGGUUUUCAUGUUAGCUGUGAUGGCCUAUGACCGCUACGUAGCCAUUUGUAAGCCCCUUCUCUACACAGCAGUGAUAUCUCUGCGGGUCUGCCUUCUACUGGUCUCCCUCACUUACCUCUAUAGCUUUUCCACAGCUAUUGUGGCUUCAUCUUCUGUAUUCUCUCUAUGUUAUUGCUCUUAUAAUGUAAUCAAUCAUUUUUUCUGUGACAUUGUCCCUCUGUUAGCAUUGUCCUGCUCUGAUACUUCCUUUCCAGAAACAUUCGUUUUUAUAUCUGCAGCUACAAAUUUGGUUUGUUCCAUGAUUAUAGUUCUAGUAUCGUAUUUCAACAUUGUUCUGUCCAUUCUAAGGAUACGGUCAUCAGAAGGAAGGAAAAAAGCCUUUUCCACAUGCGCUUCACAUAUGACAGCAGUCACAGUUUUCUACGGGACAAUGAUAUUCAUGUAUGUGCAGCCUCAAACUAACCAUUCAUUGGAUACAGAUAAAAUGGCUUCUGUGUUUUAUACACUUGUGAUCCCCAUGCUGAAUCCCAUGAUCUACAGUCUGCGGAAUAAGGAUGUGAAGGCUGCGUUAAUGAGAGUUCUGACAAGUUUAUGCCAUUCUCUUAAAUCAAUGUAA